CAGGCGCGCGCGCGGGUUGCCAAUCCGGCCGUGCUCUUUCGAUGCCCAGUCUCCAUCUCGCCUCUCAUCUCACCUCGAAGCUUCCCGUGCUUUUCGCGCGUGCUCCUCUUCGAUCCAGCUCGCUCUCGCAUCGUGUUUCGCGCGGGUUUCGCGAAAUCGCGAUCUCGUUCUCAAAGUCGACAAAGUGAUUCUCGAGCAAGGAAUUGGAGGAACCGCGAGGAAUUUCCGAGGAGCGGCAGCAAAGUAAGCAGAGAGAACCGGCCAUUAAAGGGGGAGAAGGACCCUAAAAAUCGUAAACCGAUCGAGCGCGGGAUUUACGGACAGACGGAGAAGAGUUUCCUCGUCCUCUGUGUCCGCUGCUCGCCGGCGGAAGUCCCGAUGAGUCCCCGGGGAGCCCCCUUCCUUGCCGCAUCGCCCGGGAGCUCUAAAUUUUUUCAAUCUCCGAUUCAAGACAUAUCGAAAUUUUUCAACAAUUACCACAAACAAUUCUUCUUGAAGAUGCAAGAUUAUAAUAUCAUUCUCGCGAUGUUCACUGUUACAUUGUAGAUUCCUUUUAACUUGACUUGUACAAUAUUGUGUGAAUUAUGCUAUCGAUGUGAAACGAGUGUUUUUGUCUAUCUUAAGCAGUUUUGAGGGAGUAUGAAAUACAGAAACGAUUACUUCGAAAUGCCAGUGAAAUAAAAUUCCGGACAUUAAGAUUCUGGUAAUAUCUCGGAGGAUUAUUAGAUCUCAUCAAAAUCGUCGGCGAUUGUGGCAAUUGUGGAGAGUCUACCUGGUGAUUGGGUAGAAUUGCAGCAGCAGUGUCGUGUAAAUGCAGCGGCGACGGCCAACACCUUUAUGAAUUACACGUCCGUGGACAGGCCCAGGAUGGUUUCGCACAUCAUUCCUGUUUCUGGGGAGUUGCAGCAGGGGAAUAGCAAUCUGGGCACCACAGGACUUAGUGGAAUGCAAGAUUCCCCUCAUUCUCUAAAGAUUAAACAGGAACCAUUUCAGCUAUCGCCACCGUCACCCUUACCACCUCUUCAUCAAGUGAGCAGUUUCGAGCUGCAGAGUAGCUGCAUCGGCGGCCCCUCAAAGGACUUGGACGCCACCGCGAUGACCGGCAGCCUGGGUCGCGGCCUGACGCAUCAUGUCUCUUCCCUGAGCCAUCAUCACCAUCAUCAUUCCCUUCCUAAUCUGCACAGCCCCAACCCCGUGGUCUCCAUGCACUCCGCGGCCAGCGGGUCGACGCACCAUCACCUGGAUGACAAGGGCUCGUCGCCCAUAGGCGCCCUUCACAGCACCACCAAUAGCAAUCCUUCCACGCCGUCCGCACCCUCCACGCCCACCACGGCCACGGCGGAUAGCGGCGCGACCGUCACCGCAUCCGGCGCGAGCAACCCUAACGGCGGCUCCUCCGUCGCCGUCGCCGCCAACAGCAAGCCGCCCUUCAGCUACGUCGCCCUGAUCGCCAUGGCGAUCCAACACAGCCCGCAAAAGAGGGCGACUCUCAGCGAGAUCUACGCUUACAUCACCGCCAAGUUUCCGUACUUUGAGAAGAACAAGAAGGGAUGGCAGAACUCCAUCAGACACAAUCUAUCGUUAAACGAAUGCUUUGUCAAGGUGCCCCGGGAAGGCGGCGGCGAGAGAAAGGGCAACUUUUGGACCCUCGAUCCGCAGUACGAAGACAUGUUUGAGAACGGCAAUUAUCGAAGGCGGAGACGAAUGAAGCGUCCCUAUAGAAACGCCCCAUAUCAUAAACAACUAUUCGGCGAUCCAUUCUCGACAACUCAUGUACAUUUGGGACCUAGGAACAUUUUCGGCCACUCACCCCCUUCGUACGCCCCUCCUCCUUAUACGCGAUACGAUACGAGCCCGUGGAGCCUUCAACAAUCGCAGCUCUCGUACAAUCAUUGUCAAUCGCUGCAAUCGCAAUUGCAGCCGAUGCAGUCGAUGCAAAUCCCGGCUAUGAACGGCUACAGUCAACUGGGUACCUCGUUAAGUGAGUCAAUAUUCUCGCAUUUUGUACCCUCUUUUGUCGAACGGACUAACGCCGAACGACCAGACAAAGCGUUUCAAGGCAAUUACCUGGAUGUUCCAGGUGGAACGGCCGGAUCGCCUAGUUCCAUGGGCGGCGGCUCCUUCGGCAACAGCUUCGCUGCGUGCAGCAGAAGGCACGAAUCCGCGAUGACCACGGAUACGAUGCCCGGGAGAUGUUAUUGGCCCGAUAUGGUAAACGUAAAGGAGGAACCCGGGACUAACACCGUGUCGACCAGCGGUGUCGGCAGUGUCGGCGUCCCAUCCGGCAUGAUGAGCUCCGCCGUGUCGUCGGGUGUCUCCACGACGGGAUUCGCACCCAUGGAGUUUCAAACGCGUUCCAAGUGCUUUAUGUGAACUCGCGAAGAACCGUCAAUUAAAUUGAUGAAAAAUUGCAGUGACAAUUCGAGGAUCGAGGGACGACGAUUUUGCGCGACUUGCAAUGAUGAGACGGAUUCGCCGAAUGGUGAGCGAUACACUUGAAUAAAUCCGGCUAACGUG